GGGGCGAACCGCGUCCACAGACAACGCCCCCUCCCCUCUUCUCAUCCUUUGGCAACGGCGUCGCGGGACCUUCUCGACUCCCACAAUGAGAAGGGAAAUGCUGUUCCUCGCAGCACUCCAUGCUGCUGUACUCUUUGCUUCCAUUCAAGUCAUGGCUCAAAAAAGGGAGAGAGUGAUCUGCACCAAUGUGUACCUGGCUGACAUUGUAUUCCUGGUAGAUGGAUCCUCUAGCAUCGGCAGGGGAAAUUUCCGCAUGAUUCGAUCCUUCAUGGAAGGACUGGUUGUUCCUUUUAUCAAUGUGGUGGGUCCGAAUGGGGUACGUUAUGCAGCUGUGCAGUACAGUGAUGACCCCAGGAUUGAGUUCAAAUUCUCUGACUUUCUCAAUGGAACGGAAGUGAUACAGGCUGUUCAAGAGAUAGCCUUCAAGGGUGGAAAUACUCGCACAGGAGCAGGCCUGCGUUAUGUAGCAGAUAAUUUAUUUGGGGCCAGUCAGCUCCGGCCUAGCAUUCCAAAGAUCUGUAUUCUCAUUACUGAUGGAAAGUCUCAGGAUGAGGUUGAGCAGACAGCCUUAAAACUGAAGAAUCAAGGCAUUAAAGUCUUUGCUGUGGGUAUCAAAAAUGCAGACCGGAAGGAGCUUGACCGAGUGGCUUCUACACCCACAGAAGAUUAUUCCUUCUAUGUUACUGAUUUUAAAAUCCUGGCGUCCCUCCUGCCACUGGUGUCACAGAAGGUGUGUGCCAGCACAGGAGGCAUCCUCCAGACAAUAGGUGCCUACAAUGGUCCUUCCAACCUGGCCUUUGUUGAACAAGGAACAGACAUGCUAAGGAUCCGUUGGACAGCAGCUGGUGGUCCUGUAAUUGGAUAUAAAAUCCAGUAUGUACCUUUGACUGGCCUGGGGCAACAAAUCAUGUCAGAAAGGCAGGAGAUCAGUGUAGGAUCUGGUGAGACAAGCACUGUACUUCGUGGCUUGAAAAGUGGGACAGAUUACCUGGUCACUAUUAUAGCUCAGUAUGCCAACCGCAUUGGAGAAUCAGUUUCUGGCAAAGGACGGACACAGAUCCUGUCUGGAGUGACGAAUUUUCGGGUGUUGGAAACAGGACCAUUUUUCCUCAGACUGUCCUGGACAGCUGAUCUGAAUGAAGCCCUACAAGGCUACAGGCUCACUUAUGUGGCUAGAGGUGAAGCUCAGGCUGAAGAAGUGAACCUUGAUGCCAGUUCUACUUCAUUCUUGCUCAGCAACCUUCGACCUAACACUGACUAUGUGAUAACAUUGCAUCCGAUCUUCCCACAUCAUACAAUAGUGCCUGCUGUAGUUCAUAGUCGAACAUUGAAUUUGGCAGGAAUACAACAACUAAGUGCCCAGGACAUCUCCUCCCAAGGGAUGCUGGUGAUCUGGAGGGGUGUGAGUGGAGUUACUGCAUAUCGUGUUACCUGGGAACUCCUCUCAGGUCAGGGUCGUCAAACAGCUGAUGUGGAUGCCAGCAAGAAUUCAUAUUUGUUAACUAGGUUGCAGCCUAACACUGAUUACCUGGUAUCUGUUGUGCCACUCUAUGGACAGGUAGAAGGUCCCAAGGCCUCUAUUAGGAGGAGAACAGAAAUAGCCCAGAUUCUUAGGACUAUUGCUGUUGAACCAACAUCAAUUAAAGUUGCCUGGAAUAUCAUUCCUAAUGCUCGUGGGUAUCGUCUGGAGUGGAGAAAAGCAACAGGAGUGGAUUCUCCCAAGGCUGUCUCUUUUCCCACCAAUGAGAACAGCUACACUCUGAGUGACCUGCAGCCAAGCACGGAAUAUCAUAUCACCCUCUACACUUUGUAUGAUGGAAAAGAAGUAGCAACUCCAGUUACUAUUUCAGAGACAGGGGUGGCCCCUUCAGUGGGAACCAUCUCCAACUUGAGGAUCAUCGAGACCAUAGGAAACAGAGUCCGGCUAUCAUGGCUAGGAGUCCAAGGAGCCACAGAAUAUAAGAUUGUAGUACGCAAUAUGCAAGAUGGCACUGAGAGGGUUCGACGUAUCCCAGGCUCCCAGACCACACAGGACUUAAUUGAUCUGAAAGAGAAUGUCUCCUACGUGGUUCGUGUGUCAGCUCUUAUUGGCAGUCAAGAGGGCAGUGCAGUACCUCUCAACAUCCAGAUCCGACCACCAUUAGUGGCCAGUGUAUCAAACCUGCGCAUGGUGCCAGUGGGUGUGGGUCGCAUUCGGCUGCUGUGGACUCCUGUUCCCAGGGCUACAGCUUAUAAACUGGUGAUUAUCAACACUCAGGAUCGAUCAGAAGAAACAAGAAGAAUUCCUGGAGACCAGAGUUCCUUUGAAUUGCAAGAUCUGAAGGAGGGUGUCCCAUACUUGGUACAAAUAAUAACACAGUUGGGCACCCAAGAAAGCACUCCUGCCACCCUUACUUUCCAAGUUGAACUUCCAUCUGUAGGCAGAAUCACCAAUUUAGAGGCAGCUCCAUCUGGGCCCAAUCAGUUGCGUGUUACCUGGAAUCGGGUACCUGGGGCCACUGGCUAUAAAGUGACGUGGCGAUUGAGAGACGGUCAAAAGAUCUCUCGAGUCGUACCAGCUGAUAUAAACUCCUAUACCAUUGAUGGUCUCAGGCCUGGAACUGUCUAUUUAAUUGAGGUUUCAGCCUUAGUUGGCAGCAGAGAAGGAACCUCAGCUACCACCACAGUUACAACAGGCUUUGAUCCAGUGGGAACAGUCACCAGCCUCAGAGUCCUUGAGUCCAGGGGCAAUGUGGUACGCAUCUCUUGGGUUGGUGUUCCAGGGGCUACAGCAUAUCGAGUGGUGUGGAGCCAGCGUAGUGGUGGACCUGAAAGCAGCAAACUGGUCUUGGGAAACGUUAAUUCCUUUGACUUAGAAAACCUGGAAGGAGGAGUCAGCUACAUUGUAAAAGUCACAGCACUGAUUGGGAACCGUGAAGGAAAUCCUGUGUCUAUUACUGUUACAACACCGGCAAUCCCAGUUCAACCGAUUGAAAACCUGCGUGUGACUGACUCCUCAGAAUCCCAUUUUCGACUAGAAUGGAACCCAGUACCAGGGAGCACAGGCUACCGACUCACCUGGCGGCUUGCAGGUGGGCCUGAGAUGAGUCAGCUGUUGCCAGCCCAAAUCAACACCUAUGUCAUUGAAGAUCUGCAGCCAGGAGGGCGCUACGAUAUCCGGAUCACAAGUCUGAUUGGCAGACAGGAGAGUGAAGCUGUGGCCAUUGUUGCCACCACUGGAGCUGUGGGCCGGGUGGCCAAUUUCCAGGUGACAGAUACUCAAAAGGAUUCUGUAACAUUGUCCUGGACUCCAGUUCCUGGGGUUUCUGGCUAUAUUCUCACAUGGAAAUCUCCAAGAGAGGGAGGAGAGGCACAAAGAACAUUGCCUGGAUCAGAAACAUCCCAUCGAGUGUCUGGGUUGCAUCUGGGGGAGCGAUACACCUUUAUGAUUCGCCCAAUGUUUGGGAGCAUCUCCGGUGCUGAGGUUUCUAUUACUGGCCAGACAGUCUGUCCAGAUGCCCAGCGUGAUGUCAUUUUUCUUAUACAUACAACUCGAGACAAAGCCUACAAUGCAGAGGUGGUGCGAAGCUUACUCUCCAACAUUAUAUCCACUCUUCGUCCAGGCUCUGAAACUACCCGGGUGGGCAUUGCAAUGUACAGCUACCGAGGCCUCCCUUUACUCCUGCUUAAUCGUUCCAAAGACUUAGCAACUGUCCUGCAGCACCUUCGCUCACUGCGCUAUGAAGAGCCUAGUGGCAAUGCCAUUGGAGCAGCCAUUAAUUUUGUGAAGAGCUACAUGCUAAGCCCCACUGCAGGGCGAAGACCUGGUGUACCAGGAACCUUAGUGAUAUUGGCAGAUGGGUCACCCAGUGAUGAUGAUGCUACGGGACCGGCCAGGGAAAUCAAAGCUGCCGGAAUCCAGAUUCUAGCAGUGGGGAUGGAAGGAGCUGAUCGUGAACAACUGCGUCGCCUUGUGACCAGUGAAGAAUCACGUAACGUUUUCUUUGUGCAAGACUCAAACAGUCUGUCAGAGGUGGAAGUGGGGCUUGCCAGUGCCCUCUGCAUCAUAGAUGGGCCUAGACCAGAGCCCUGUGCUGAGCAGUGCCCUAAGGGUGAGAAGGGUGAGCCAGGUGAGCCUGGACAGAAAGGACAAGUGGGAAAUCCUGGCUCUUCUGGAACUCCGGGACGCAAUGGGAUCCCAGGUCCUCCAGGUCCAAUGGGACCUCGGGGUCCCCCAGGUGACACUCUUGGGAGGCAAGGUGAAAAAGGAGAGAGGGGAUUUCCAGGAGCAGAUGGAGCACCAGGGAAUCCUGGUCGGCCUGGCAGUUCAGGUUCUCCUGGUCAGCCGGGUGGUCCUGGCCUUCCUGGUCUCAGAGGUAUCCAAGGGGAGCGUGGACUGAUUGGCCCAGGUGGGCCAAGAGGAGAGAAAGGUGAGCCGGGGGAGCCUGGAAUACCAUUGAAUGGAGGAAGAGGCCUUCCUGGCCAAAAGGGAGAGCCUGGCAAUCCAGGAAACCCAGGAAUUCCAGGCCUCAGGGGUCCUGUAGGGGAUCCUGGGCUAGUAGGACUUCGUGGGCCAGCAGGGCCUCCUGGCAUUUCUGUCAAGGGUGAGAAGGGCGACCGAGGUGAGCAAGGCCCUCCUGGACCAGGUGAUGGAGGUGUGGUCAGAGGAGAACCUGGUAUUCCAGGUAUUCCCGGAGAUCCUGGGCCCAGGGGACCCUCUGGACCUCCAGGACAAAAAGGUGAUAAGGGAGACGGAGAAGAAGGUUUUCCUGGACUUCCUGGACGUACUGGAGACCCUGGAGAUCGGGGCCCCAGAGGACCUCCAGGUGAACCUGGGAUCAAGGGAGACCAUGGUCUUCCUGGUGCACUUGGGCCAUCAGGAGAAAAGGGAGAGCCUGGAUUGCCUGGUCCUGAAGGAGAGAAGGGCGAACAAGGUCCCUCAGGCCGUCCUGGUCCAUCUGGCAGAGAUGGCUUACAAGGAACACCUGGGUCUCGAGGAGAACAAGGAGAGAGAGGAGAGCCUGGUAUACCCGGUCUGCCGGGAUCCAGCAUUUCUGGAAUUAAAGGAGAUAAGGGAGAAAGAGGCAUUAUAGGACCUGAAGGCCCACCUGGACCAAGAGGAGAUGAUGGGGUCAAAGGAGAACGUGGGCCUCCUGGUCUUAGUGUCCCUGGCCCACCUGGCCCAAAAGGAGAACAAGGAGAAAAUGGACUCACAGGACUGGCUGGCAAAACUGGCCCACAGGGUGAUCCAGGAGAGCCAGGGGAGAGGGGAGAGUCAGGAAGACCAGGCCCUGCAGGACCAACUGGCCCACGAGGAAAAGAGGGUGAAAGGGGUGACAAAGGAGAGGAAGGAAUCCCUGGUGAGCCAGGCCUACCUGGGAAACCUGGAGAGAAAGGUCCACGGGGUCCGCCAGGCAUUAGAGGCCUUCUUGGUGAGAAGGGAGACCAGGGCGAUCCUGGUGAAGAUGGGAGAAAUGGCAGCCCUGGACCACCAGGGUCAAAGGGUGAUCGAGGGAGUCCCGGAGUGCCGGGUCCUCCAGGCCAAACUAUUGGUGUGGGGCCUGGAGAAGGAGGGCAAAAAGGUGAAAAGGGGGAGUCAGGUGACCCUGGCGAGGAUGGCACGAAAGGAACAAAAGGAGAAGUUGGUUUACCUGGCCUGCCAGGAGAACGGGGAAUUGAAGGUCCCAGAGGGGUCCCUGGAGUUCGUGGUGACCCUGGAGAUCGAGGCCCAGUGGGAGAAAAGGGUGACCGAGGUCCUCCAGGCCUAGAUGGUCGGAAUGGCUUGGAUGGAAAACCUGGACAAAUAGGCCCUUCAGGCCAAAGAGGUGAUCCAGGAAAGCAGGGUGACCCUGGUCGAGAUGGCUUGCCAGGUCAGCGUGGAGAGCAAGGUCCUCCUGGAGCACUUGGCCCACUGGGAUCUCCAGGAAUGCCUGGCAAGCCUGGUGAAGAUGGUAAACCUGGGCUGAAUGGAAAGAAUGGAGAAGAUGGGAUCCCAGGAGAAGAUGGGAGAAAGGGAGAGAAAGGUGAACCUGGAACAUCUGGCAAAGAAGGUCCUGAGGGCGUUAAAGGAGAGAGAGGAACCAGUGGGCCUCCAGGGCCUCCAGGACCAUCAGGUGUUCCUGGUGUGCCUGGACAAGUUGGCCCACCAGGCCAGAGCUUGCCCGGCCUCCCUGGAAUAUCUGGCCAAAAGGGAGACAGAGGAGAACCAGGAUCCAAAGGAGAGCAGGGGAGAAAUGGUGAAACUGGGCCACGAGGGGAACCCGGGACAGCAUCAAAUGUUGAACGAGCCCUAGAAGCACAUGGUAUUAAGCUUUCCCAACUCAGAGAGAUCACUGGUACUUAUGAUGGCAGCUCAGUCCCUGACCGCCGGAGAGGAAUGAAGGGUGAGAGAGGAGAUCCAGGAGACAGAGGGCCACCAGGGAAGGAGGGUCUCAUAGGCUUCCCUGGAGAAAGAGGAGCAAAAGGAGAUAAAGGAAAUGAAGGACCACAAGGACCACCAGGACGUGCCAUUGGAGAACAGGGGCCAAGAGGAUCGCCUGGGCAGUCAGGGGAGCCUGGGAAACCUGGAAUUCCAGGGCUCCCAGGCCGGGCAGGAGAACUUGGAGAAGCAGGGAGGCCCGGAGAGAAAGGUGACAGGGGUGAGCAAGGUACAAAAGGAGAACAGGGUAGAGAUGGCCCACCAGGUCCUCCAGGUCCACCAGGACCCAAGGAAGAUACAACAAUAGACUCUGGAUUUCCUGGAGAACGUGGACCUAUGGGACCCAAGGGAAGCAAGGGAGACCCAGGAGAAGAUGGUGCAAAGGGCUCCAGAGGCGAUAAGGGUGAAGAUGGUCAAAAAGGGGAGAGAGGUGAAGCUGGUGAAAAGGGCAGGGAUGGCACUCCAGGACUUCCAGGAGAGAGAGGCCUCCCUGGGUCAGAAGGGAAAGCGGGCCUACAGGGUAUUAGAGGGCCCCCCGGCCCAGCUGGAAAUCAAGGGGAUCCUGGAUCACCAGGUUCUCCUGGUCCUGUCGGCCCACCUGGAACUCAGGGUGUACCUGGAAUAAAGGGAGAUGUAGGAGAACCUGGGUCCAGCAUACGAGGUAUGACAGGCCCGCCAGGAAGUGUGGGACUCCCAGGACCAUCAGGAUCCUCUGGGCCUGUGGGUCCACAGGGCCCUCCAGGGUUACCAGGACAAGUGGGUGAGCCGGGGAAACCAGGUGUACCAGGAAGAGAUGGAGUGCCUGGAAAAGAAGGGGAGUCUGGAAUGCCAGGGAAAAUGGGUAUUUCAGGGUCUUCAGGACCUGCUGGUCCUAAAGGGGAACCUGGAGAUGCUGGGUCCCCAGGUCAGACUAUAGUGGGGCCUCCUGGAAUGAAAGGUGAGAAGGGUGAACCAGGCGAUUUUGAUGAGGAAGUUCUGAAGAAGCCAGGUCCCAAAGGUGAUCGAGGCAUACCAGGUCCUCGUGGAGACAAGGGUAAUCCUGGAAGUCCAGGGAUAUCUGGAGAUCCUGGAGAAGAUGGAGCCAAAGGAUCAGCUGGGAUCAAAGGCGAAAAGGGUUCAGUUGGAAUUGGCAUCCAGGGACCUCCUGGACAGGAUGGACCUCAAGGCUUAAAGGGAGAUCCUGGUUUACCUGGCCCACCAGGCCCACCUGGUUCACCAGGUGGAGUUGGAACUCCUGGCCAGCGUGGCCUGAGAGGAGAAAAUGGAAUGACUGGCCAACCUGGACCCCCAGGAGAGAGGGGUUUGAUUGGCUUCCCAGGGAGAGAAGGUACUGCAGGGUCACCAGGACCUCCAGGACCCCCAGGUUCACCAGGUACUUCAGGCACUCCAGGAGUAAAGGGUGACAAGGGGGACACAGGUAUUGGACAACCAGGACCUAGAGGAGAACGAGGAGAUCCAGGAUCUCGGGGUGAAGAUGGGCGCCCAGGUCUGGAGGGAGAUCGAGGGCCUGCUGGCCCUCCUGGAAACAGAGGAGAGAGGGGUGACAAAGGUGACAUUGGGCUUAUGGGGCUGAAAGGAGACAAAGGAGAUACUGUCAUUGUGGAAGGCCCAACAGGUCUGCGGGGGAACAAAGGAGAACCAGGAGAACGUGGCCUAAAAGGAAUGGAAGGGGACAAGGGUGACAAAGGGGAUCACGGAAUCAUUGGAGAGAAGGGAGUAAAGGGUGAACAAGGUGAGAAAGGAUCCACAGGCUUCCCUGGUGCACGAGGACCCAGUGGGCAAAAGGGAGAAAUUGGUAAAUCGGGAGAACCAGGAGAGCCGGGCCAGUCUGGAAAGGAUGGUAUUCCUGGAACCAGAGGGGAGAAAGGAGAAAUGGGACCUAUUGGAAUGCGAGGCCCAAAGGGCGAUCGAGGAAUGAAAGGAGCCUGUGGCCAAGAUGGAGAUAAGGGUGAGAAGGGAGAGCCGGGGUUACCAGGCCGAACGGGCCUUCUUGGAAAGAAGGGUGAUCCUGGAGAGAUUGGCAUACCUGGGAGCCCAGGAAUCCCUGGAAAGGAAGGCCUUAUCGGUCCAAAGGGUGACAGAGGAUUUGACGGCCAGAAAGGAUCCAGAGGCGAUCAGGGAGAAAAGGGUGAAAGGGUGGGCUAUUCUUUCACUUACAAAUAAUGGAGGGGGGGGGAAAUCAAUACAAUAAAAUCUGCAUACUUUUAAAAUCUGGAAAUAAAAGAAAUGCCAUGCUUUUAAAAGCUAUACUUGGGGAUAAAUAAAUAUAAAUCAGGGGUGUCAAACUGCCGGCCCGCAGGCCAAAUGCAUAUGGCAAAACCGGCCCAUCCCAUUGCCGGCAAUGGGAAAAAAAAGUCGUGAUACGUCGCAACACGUCACGUGAUGUUGUGAGUUUGACUUCCCUGAUAUAGAUGAUAUAGCUAGAUAUGGGUAUAUAUAAAUGAAUACAUAAAAUUCUUAGUUUGGAUGAAUUUGUCUGUUUAAUUUGCUAUCAAAGCAAUAGAAAUGCACCUAUAAACAAAAUAAUCUUUUGGUUUUUUAUUUCAAACUGCCUAGAUUUCAAUCCCUUUGAGAGCCAGUUCUCACAAUAGGAGAAACUUCUUGCACAUUAAAACAACAGAUGAAACAAUUCCUACCCAAAAAAUAGUAGUUUAAAACCUUGAUUUCAUUAUAACUAGGGCUUGUAUUUGAUACACAGCAGUUGCUGGAAUUCUUUUCAUGAUAACUUUUAUUAGCUUUAAUCUUAAAAAUAAAUCUUUGUAUCAGAGUUGUGUGUCUCUGACCAAACGUUCUAAAAAGCAGCCUGAUAGCCCAUUAAAUUAAUUGUGCUUAUAUCUUAUCUUCUGAAACCUUGCAGUUUAAUUUUCAUAAUAUAAUUACUUUUCCAAAAUUGUAAAACUGUCCACUUAUAUGUUUAUUCAUUAUUAGAGAAACAUAGGCAGAAAUUGUUUUAACCCUUUUCAGAGUCAUCGUGCAGUCUCAGUUAAGAGGAUUACAAGGUAUAAGAUUUCUGCUUUUGGAAAGAUUGCUAAGGACUCUACCUUUUAAUACAAAUCUAGGCUUAUGUGCAUAAUGAGGAUAAUAUAAGUAAUGCUUAUAUGGUUCAAUAAACCUGGUUUAUUGAACUAUACAAAUAAGGGGAUAUCACUCAAAGUUAGAACUCUUAAGUGAGUUUUUAUAAUAUAAUCCUUACUUGAUUCAUAGAGAUAAUAAUAAUAACAAUAAUAAUAACAACAACAACAACAACAAAUGUGCCACACUUACUAUCAAACAAGGAAAA